UGCCUCUCCACAGUGUCAGCUUUAAGGAUUGUUCUCCUGGGUGAGGAUGGAGCAGGAAAACAUUCAGCUGGAAACACAAUCCUGGGCAGAGAGGCAUUUGUGGAUCAUCUCUCCAUUAAAUCUGUAAGCAGUCAAUGUGAGAAACAUGAAGGAACAGUGGAGGGCAGAAAGAUCUCGGUCAUCAAUACUCCAGCACUCUUCAAUACAUCACGUUCUGAAGAGGAGCUGAAAGCUGAAAUAGAUCAAUGUGUUUCACUGUCAACUCCUGGUCCUCAUGUCUUCCUGCUGGUGGUCAGAGUGGGGAGAUUUACAGAAGAGGAAAAGAAUGCUGUGAAGUGGAUUCAGGAGAACUUUGGAGAAGAAGCUCUGAAGUUCACCAUGGUGCUCUUCACUGGUGGUCUUCAUCCAGUAGAGAAGAAGGAAAAGGACACAGAACUCCAAAAGCUGAUGGAAAAAUGCAGAGCAGCAUAUCAUGUUUUUAGAAACAAUAAGAAAUAUGAUCGUGUUCAGGUCUCAGAGCUGCUAGAGAAGAUAGACAGACUGGUAGAGCAGAAUGGAGGACAGCACUACACUAAUGAGAUGUACCACAGAAAGGUCAGAGAGGAGGAGAAGAGAAGGAGACAAAAUGAAAGGAAUGGUAAAGCAGAGCUGAUCAUUGAAAAAGUAGGGAGGGUUCUUCUAAAACUCUCUGAGGUAAUACUGAAAGCAUUGUUGGCUGAAAUAUGUGCAAUUUUUAGAUCUGCUCUGAAGGGUUUUGGAGUUGGGGUAGUCAUUAUUGUAGUACUUUCUUUAAUAGGGACUUUGACACACUCAUGGACGUGUUUUUGUUUCAAGGCUUUGAUCCUCUGGACUGGUGGAACCAUUGGUGCACUAAUUGGAUUGUAUUCGAACAAUGAAAUGUACCGAUAGUCUUCAGUUCAUCAGAUAAUGUAUAAUCUGUAAA